ACCAUUUUUUUCAGAUGUUCAAAAUGCUGGCAAAAGCCUAUGCUGAUGCACAUCCAGUCAUCUCAGACCGAUCAGAACAUCGCUGUGGUGGAAAUUUUGUAAAACGUGGAGGUAUUAUAAAUGGUGCUGAGUGGUACAGCUUCACUGGAGGUAUGGCAGACUUUAAUUACCUUCAUACAAAUUGCUUUGAAGUUACUGUGGAGGUAGGAUGUGAAAAAUUUCCAUUGGAGGAAGAACUAUUUACAAUCUGGCAUGAAAACAGAGAUGCCCUUCUGAACUACAUGGAGAUGGUUCAUCGGGGAAUAAAAGGAAUUGUGUCUGAUAAAUUUGGCAACCCAAUUAAAAAUGCUAGAAUUUCAGUCAGAGGCAUCCAGCAUGAUAUCACCACAGCUGCUGAUGGAGACUACUGGCGACUCCUGCCUCCAGGGACAUAUGUAAUCACUGCCCAAGCCAUGGGCUAUACCAGGGUGAUGAAAAGGGUCACCCUUCCCAUCAAGAUGAAACGGGCUGGACGAGUCGACUUUGUCCUGAGACCCAUUGAGACUUGGCCUAACAAGCUUCUCCGCCGGCCCAUGGAAGGCAUGAAUGACCAGUAUGACCCACUGGAACUGUUUGACCCUCAUGCUCAACAUGCACAGGCUCGGGGAGGGUCACAACAGGUCAGGGAGAAGCCCUGGUGGUGGUCCUACUUCAGCUCUCUAGGCCUCCAUAAACCUCUCUGGCUGCUUAAACAGCACUGAACGGUGCCGUCAUGCUCUGCAUACCUUGUUCUGCUGCCCUUCCACCCAGCUCCAUGCACCCGGAUUGCUCUUAGCAAUAUUUAAAUCUGUGUCAUUUGAAAGUACGAUGUUAAUGCAAGCCACUUGCUUCUUUUGUUUUCUCUUUGCACACAAGUGAGUCUGUUCAAUUGUUUUUAUAUAUUAAAAGCAAUGGUGCACACCCAUUCAAGAGCCAGGUUUUAUGUAGUCUUUUUCUUAGUAAUGUGCUGUACUUCUGCCCAGGUAGUUAAUCAUCACAUUCAUUAUUUAUUAGGUUCUAAGUACCUGCAGGAAUAUAUUCGUGAUCCUUUAAUGCAUUUUUGUACAUGUUUUAACACAUUAAUGACCAUGUACUAAAAACAAUUUUCAGAAAUCUCUUUUUACAUUAUUUUACUAUAUUAAGUUCCAUUCAUUAGCUCCUCUAAUAUAGCUCACAAUUAUUUUUUAAGGCCAUCAUGUGAUAUUAGUAUUGAUUUUGGACUGAAAAAAAAAAUCAUUAGGAAUAUGGAAGUAAAUCUGUAUCUGAAUAAAUAGCACAUUCAGUAGGAUGGGCUGCUAACAGACAAGUCAGUAUUAAUGAGGAAUCAUGAAGUUUUCCCAAGUACUGUUUCGGAAAUUAUCCUUUGAAGACAUAUGUAAUAAAAAAUUGUUAAAUACUCAAUCUUAUUUCUUUGAACUCUUUUGCAUCAAUAGAUCCACAGAAUCAAGAAAAAUGCUUGGAAAGUAGAUUCUGUUCCAAGAAGUGUGAAAAUCCAAUCAUUAUGAUAUAUAAAUUUAAAUAGAAUUUGAAGUUUUCUAGUGUAAUAAGUAAAGCAAAACACAGAAAUAUAUGCUCACUCAUGGAAGUACUCACAACCUAUGAUGUAGAAAAGUGCAUGAAGUAAUUUGAAGAAUAUGACACAUUAUCCUAAAGGAUGUUAAUAUCACGCAGUCUUUAGUCCACUGGAUUAUUAAUGGAAUAAUCAAAUAAAUCAUUAAGUUCUUUCCAAAAUAGUUAAAUAGGUAAAUAGUGGUCUUGCAAGAUGUUGUCCUCCCUCAGAAAUGUUUUUUGAAUAUCCAUGAUUUUGAUGAAACAUUUAGACCCGUACUUCCUUUUGGCUUGCAGUGGAUAAUGAGCUUCAUGCACUUACAGUAAUUUCUCAUCUGAACGCCACGUUGUAUGAUCAAGAUGUUUGGAGCUGAUGUACUUCCUGCAGGAACUGCAGUAUUAGUUGUCUGGAUUGCCCUAUGCCCUAAAAAUUUGUUUCCUCAAUUUAGACUAAAAAAAUCCCAUAUUACAUGAGGUCUGUACUCCAUGUGCAUGUAUCUUAGACUAUAAUUGCCUAAGAAGACCCAGGAGAUGAAUGACUUUAAUUCUGCAGCCGGACACUGUACAUGCCUGAGUGCCUUAUUCCCUGCUGUAACCUGAUAGAAGUUCAGAAUCUGUUAGUCCAGUGUUUAAAUGUUUGCAGGACUGGAGUCUAUGUAAAAAAUGAAAGAAAACCAACUCAUAGCAUUAACAAAAAUAGUUAUACAAGGCCAAAUGUACUGCACACAAAUUAGCGAUCCUUUCCCAGGCUUACUAAACUGAAGAAACUCUGAAUCCUAAAUGUUUCAUGGAGAAACAAGCAAAAGAUAUACCUACAGACUGUAUUUCCUGUAAUAUGUAUUACCACUGUUUACUAUGGUCAUUUUUUACAAAGAUGCUAUACAGUGAAAAAAUUGGUAAAACUAGCAAAAUCAGAAAAAUAUGCCAAAUUGCUGGCCAUUAGCUGUUCUUUUUAUGUACGUAAUGUCUUGCACACUUAGAAAGAUGCUUUCUAUUAGUAUAUCCCAUAUUCUCAUAAGACUAUUUGGAAUUUUGUCAAGUAAUCACAGUACACCCAAGCCAACUGAAAUAUAAAACAGAAUGGCUGUGCAGAAAAUCCAUUCCUUUCCAUGAGUCCCAUGUGGAAAUAGCAGAUGGCAAUCAAGACUGUGGAAAGACAAUUUUCUGGGAAAAUUGUAAAGAAGUGCUAAGUUUGAGAGAGUGUAAAAAGCAGCUCUUCUGGACUACCAUAGCUCUAAUGUGAAAUUGGUACAAUAGAACAAAAGUAGCUUCCCUACAUUUCUCUGCCUCAUCCAUAAAAUGAGGUGUUCAGCGGAUAAAAAUUUGAGAUCAGACUUCUGAUUCACACACAGCAACCUGUAGAGAUGGGAUUUGUAAAACAAAUUAUGUCAACAAAAGCAAUUACAAGGGUUCUGGGAAAAGGUAUGCCUCAGUCUUCUGAAACUACUCCAUUUUUCUGAGAGACAAAAUCUUCAGUUCUCAGCUCCUUGGAGAUGGAAAAGACUUCCAGCAUUCUCUUGGUGCCUCUCAAACAUUCGUUUAAGUUUAGAUUAGAUUUGGGGUGUCUUUAUCAAUGCUUUGAAGAUACAAAAAGAAAAAAAAAAAGUAAGGAAAAAAAGAAAUCAUUGGUCAAAACCAGCCUUGCAGACUCAGCUUGGCCUUUUUCCAGAGGACUACAUGUUUAGCAGUUGGACUGCUUUCAAGAAUUACAGUGUGUGUUCAUGAGACUCUCUCUCCUUUUAAGUCAGAGACUACAUAACUUUUUCAAUUACCUUCCAACCACAUAUUGAACAGUAUUGACAUAUGUUUUUUGUAACAUCCUCCUUAAUAAUUAAUUUUCUAGUCUCCACGUUUGAGGGGGUCUUCUCAGCCAUGGAGCCAAACUGUUUCUGCAGAAAGCAAUAACAUUAAUAAAUGUUCUAACUUGCUAGCUCUCCAGACCUCAUCAGUCUGCCAGCAAUGAAUCUUCCCAACAAGUCAAAAUAUGUAAAUCUAAGCAAUACAAUUACAGAUAUAAAGAGCAAAGAAGAUCUCUUUAUGUCAUAUGUACAAAUUACUUUUCAUUCUUAUUGCAGAGAAAAAUCAAGAACACCUACAGAAAAUAUCAGGAGCUAAAUCACAAGUACUGUAUAUGGUUACACUGAAGAAGCCUUGGGUCUCCGUUCCAUUCAUAAGAGAGAAGCUAAAGGAGAAAAGCUUGCAGUUGUUGACAUUUUCAUCUGUUUUAACAAAAUGAUGUUUCAUUCUUGGGCCACCCACACGUAAUAAGGAGCGUCUUUAUCUUCCUCACAAUAGAAAAGAGGAGAGUGUUUUGAGAUUUCCUAGAAACACAACUUAUGUCAAAAUCACCAUCCACUAAAGAUUCCUGUUUACAUUUUUAAUACUGCUUAUCCCAUUCUUCUUCUUUCAACGUCUCAGUUUAACAGCAAAAUGAGCUCCAGAGCAAUAUUGCAGGCUUCUUGGAAGUCCUGUGAACCAGCUGUCUAGCAGGGCUUGCCAGACCAGUGUCAUUUCUUUGUGUCCAUCAUUCUAGCAUUUCACUGCAAUUCAAACAAGCCAGAGACGUCUUUAACAGCCAUCCAGCUCUGAGUGUGUGGGGGAACACCAGAAGGGUUUCUCGUAGGACUUUUUUGUGGCCAUGUCCAUUUUCUGGAUCUAGGCCUAUUUGAAUGAAUACAUGAUGAAUGAAGGGGGAUUCCCCCCAGUUUGGCUCCUAGGAGCCACCAGUGACACACCAGUAGAGAAGCAAUUGUGCUUAUGUCAUCAUGGCAGUGUAGUGGAAGAGAGAACACCAUCAGUAAGUAUAUCAUUGUAGUACUGAGACUGACCAAGUCCCACAAUUUUUACAAAGUUUGGAAUCAUACCAUCAUUUUCCCAUCCCAUUCUGAUAUAUGAAUAGUUCAUAAAGCCAGGUGGAAAAGUAUAGUCAUAUCCCCGAAGAGGUAAAUAAAUAUAAUUAUAAAUAUAGGACUCUCUGAAUAUUUAAGUAUUUGACAGUUAUUGGUUGCUGAAGUGUCUCUCAGAACUGAAUUAUGGAAAGAGAUGUAACUUUUAAAAAAUAUUUUAAAAAUUUACAUAUAUAUCUUUGAGAUAGAUCCGUUAUGUCAAUGCAUAGGUCUCGACUUCGAGAGGAAGCAAAAGGGGGGAAAAAAGUCAUUAACAUGCACUGGUAGCUAAACUUUGUUAGGAUUAUUUUAAAUGAUGGGAGAAGAGUCUUUUUUAGUUAAAUACUCCUUUAAGGAUUUGUAUCACCUUCUAACAAUAGGGGAAAACUUCGCUAAUCUAAAAGAAUAGUGAUGUUAUUGCUGGCGUUGUCUUUAGUUUCCUUCUUUCAAAAUGGAAUUAAAGUACUGUUGGUACACUCAGUAAUGUAAUGUGUACUCAUGUCUUUCAGUUUUCUUUCUCACAAGGUACAUACUGUUUAUUUUCAUGCAAUUAGUACUGAUGUUUAUGUUUACUGAAUCUGAUUGAGUAUUUUAAGACAUUUUCUGCUUGAAAAUACCACUACUUCAAUGAUAUUGUCAAGAAAGAAUAUUCUGUUUCAAUGAAGUCAAGAUAUUUCAUUUUUCACAAUUCACACAGAAACACAAUUCUAAAAUGUCAAUUUCCUAAAGAAUUCAAAUAUAAUUUUGCAUCUUGCAGCCACUUACAUUCUGAAGAAUAUCUUUUUAAUUACUCUCCUUCCCUCUGGGGAACUGCAUGAAAAACAAGUUUGUUUUUCUU